AUUCAAUAACAAUAAUAAUAAUAUAUAAAGAUAAGUAUGAGUGUUGCGAUAAGUUACGAUCCCAAGACCAAGAAGCUUGUAGUUCCAGAAGAUGCAGAUAUUUCUUCUGAACUUAAAUUAGAAAUUGAUCAAUUAAAUACUCUUACUCAAGAAAUAAUAGCGAACGGAUCGGAUGUUCCACCAGUUCCAACUCCAGAAAAUUUUAAUAAAGAUAUGAGUAAAAUGAUUAAAAGAUUAUAUGAAAGUGGAGUUCAAGCAUUUAAAAGUGGGAAAUUUCAAGAUUCUGCUAAACAAUUUUCUAUUGGUAUAGAAAUGAUUUUAAGAAGGCAUAAAUUUGAAUCAUUUCAAGGUACAUUACAAGAACUUAGUUUAUUUCUUAUGAGUAGAUCUGAUGCAUAUUUAAAGACUAAAGAAUAUUUAAAAGCUUAUAAUGAUUCAGAUAUGUUAAUUGGUAUGAUGAUGAAUACUCCUGAUAAUUUUUUAAGAAGAGGUGUAGCUAAUUUCUUUUUAGGAAAUUAUGAAGCUGCAAGAGCUGAUUAUCAAAGAGGUUUAGCAUUUGAUGAAAAUAAUGAUAGAUUACAGGCUGAAUUAACUAUUGUUUUAGAUAAGAUUUUAGAAGAAAAUGGUGAUUAUCUUUAGGAUUAUAAUAUGAGUAUCAUAUUAUCCUUAUAAUGAGGGAGGUAAUUGAUUUUGAUUAUUAGUCAUAUCAUAUGAUAUAUUUAUUUGACUAUAUACUUAUUUAAUUAUGUACUUAUUUAGUACUGUAAAGGUAUUCGGUAUUCUCUAUACAAUACCUCUUGUUACUGUUUCAAUGUAUAUUAGUAGUGGUUAUAUAAUCAAAUACCAAACUUUCCAAAAGGGAAAUUUUCCAUCGCGUAUAUAGUGAAUAUUAACGAUAGUGAUCUAACUCC